CAGGGCCAUGCGCCGCCCCAGGUGCGGCGUCCCCGAUAAAUUCGGGGCUCAGGUGAAGGCUCAGGUGCGGCGGCGCCGAUUCGCUCUGCAGGGGCUGCGCUGGGAGCAGCCCGAGAUCACCUACAGCAUCCAGAACUACACCCCCAAGGUGGGCCAGGCCGCCACGUGGGCCGCCAUCCGCCGCGCCUUCCAGGUGUGGGCGUCGGCCGCGCCCGCCCUGCGCUUCCGCGAGGUCCCGUACGGCGACAUCCGCUCGGGCGCCGCGCCCGGCGCCGACAUCGUGCUGCUCUUCGCCGAGGGCUUCCACGGCGACGCCACGCCCUUCGACGGCCCCGGCGGCUUCCUGGCCCACGCCUACUUCCCCGGGCCCCACAUCGGCGGCGACACGCACUUCGACGGCGCCGAGCCCUGGACGCACCGCGGAGACGACCUGAGCGGUAACGACCUUUUCCUGGUGGCCGUGCACGAGCUGGGACCUUUUCGGACGCGAUUUAAGGACCGCUGGUUCUGGCGGCUCCGGCAGGGCCGGGUCAUGCCCGGGUACCCGUUGCCCAUCGGCCACUUCUGGCCGGGGCUCCCGGGCGCCAUCGACGCCGCCUACGAGAGGAGCGACGGAAAAUUCGUCUUCUUCAAAGGGGUUUAA